CACACACAUCAAGAACCAUUUUAUUGCAUUAUUUCACAGCGCAUGGAGGGAAUUAACGGUGUUCGAUUAUUAUACUUUUCGUAACAGUGAUAUGUACUCUUGAUAGUGAACUUCAACACAAGCAUUUUCAAAAAUCUUUUAUUCUUACAUUCUGUUAAAGGAAAUUUAAUAAAGCAAAAUGGCACCACGAUCAGAUGCAGAAUUAAAAGAAACUUCAGAACUACCAAAAGAAGUACCACGUAGAGGCGUUAAUGCCGUUUUAUUAGGACCACCUGGUAGUGGUAAGGGUACACAGGCGCCAUUAUUGAAAGAACGAUAUUGUGUAUGCCAUCUAUCUACAGGUGAUAUGCUCAGAGCAGAAAUUAGUUCUGGAUCUGCAAUUGGGGCAGAAAUUAAAAAAGUAGUGGAUGAAGGUAAAUUGGUUAGCGAUGAUCUUGUAGUCCAAAUGAUUGAUCGUAAUUUAGAUAAGCCUGAAUGUCAACGUGGUUUUCUUUUGGAUGGUUUUCCAAGAAGUGUCCCACAAGCUGAGAAACUUGACAGUAUGUUACAAAAAAGAAAAACCAAGUUGGAUGCUGUGAUAGAAUUUGGAAUUGAUGAUAAUUUAUUGAUAAAAAGAAUCACAGGUCGUUUAAUACAUCCUGCAAGUGGUAGAUCAUAUCAUGAAGAAUUUGCUCCACCCAUAAAACCUAUGAAAGAUGAUGUUACUGGAGAGCCAUUAAUUAAGCGGUCCGAUGACAAUGUAGAUGCAUUGAAAAAACGUUUAUCGACAUAUCAUACACAAACUCAACCACUAGUUAAUUACUAUGCUUUACAAGGAAUCCAUUAUUAUGUUAAUGCAGCUCAAUCAAGUAAAAAUGUUUUUGAAGAUAUUGACCGCAUUUUUCAAAAAACAAUUAACCAAGACAAGGGUGAAGAAAAAAAGAAAGGAUUUUUCAGUUGGUUCUUUUAAUUCAACAUACAUGAAUAUUAUAGCUAAUUCUUCUCUCCUAAAUGAAGCAGGUAGUUGAUGAAAAAUAUAUUUUAGUAUCAUGGUGAUUUAUAGAAGAAUUUAGCAUUUUAAAUAUGUAAUUUGCAAUUUAAAAAUAAUUUACAUACUUAAACAAGUUACAUAGUUGAUACAGUAAAUAUCUUCUGAUUAAAUAACAUAUUUCACAUUUACUAAAAGAAUGUAAACAUUACAUCGAUUUAGUUGAAAAUAAUCCUGUGUAAGUAUAAAAGAACUAUAAAUGAAACAAUAGUGUAUACAUAUAUUUUAUUGGUAGAGGAUAUUUGGUUAUACCUAACCAUAAUGUAAACUAAUUGAUUAACUGCACAUGAGGAGAAAUAUAUUUGUAUAUAAUGGGUACCAUUUCAUUUAUUUCUUUAAAUAUUGCUCUAAAAAUUAUUUUGUAUUCUUUGUUACGUGCAUAAUUUAUUUUAUUAUAUAUGGUAUUCUCAUGCUUGCUUUUUUAUCAAAACUCACAUUCGACCACUUUUAUGACAGAUAUUUACUUAAUGCUUUAGACGUGUAUAUAUAAAUUAGUAUAAAUAAAAGCAGCACAUUUAAGCAUUCGUUUUUAAUGUUAUUUUGCACGAGAAACUAAUAAAAUUUUAUAGUUUAUUUUUUUAACUCAACUGACAAUGCAUUUUUUAAGAUUUUAUACUUAAAAUAUUAAACAUAUGGACUAAAAUACCUCAUUUAUAUUUGUUACACGCACAUAUAUCAAGUGUUGUAUCUUUUAAUUAAACAAACUUCAAUUAAAUAAAUAUAAACCAAUGAAUA